UUUGAACAGCAGAAAGCUAUUAAUGAGUUAACCUAGUCCGUAAUUGAAAUUAAAAACGCGGUUCUUCACAAAACAGCUGAUCCGAUUGGGCCUAGUGCGCCGACGCAGUUGAGAAACAAUAGACGGGGCAAAUCUCCGUAAACUUUUUAUGACAGUGUCUCGGAGGAGGAAUCGGAACGGGAUUAUGAGUCUUCUUAGGAAGAUGAGGAGGAUCAUGUGGCGGAGGAACCACCUCAAAAAAGAAUAAAAGUUACGACGAGUAUGUCCAAAAUGGAAAAAAUGAAAAAAGUUGAGAACAUUUUGUCCAAGAAACCAAGAUUAGGAUCGCCGGUACACGAUGAGAUAGCAAAAAUUGUUAAUCAAGGGGCGGAGUCUGCCGUAGAUCAUAAAAAUAAAGAAGUUCAGGAAUUAGUGGAUAAAUUUGUUCGGCCAGAGAAUUGUGAAUUUCUAGAGGUUCCUAAAGUGAACAAAGUGCUGUGGAGUUCUAAGGAAACAUCUAAACGUCUGAAAGAUAAUGACAGAUCCUUGCAAAGAACCCAGGGGUAUCUUGUUAAAGGGAUGAUACCGGUUGUUCAGCUAAUGGAAAAGUCUUUGAAAAGCUCAUCGGAAGAAUCGGAAGAAACGUUUGAACUAUCCCUGGACUCCCUAAAUUUGUUGUUGUAUGCUCAUAGAGAUCUGUCUAGUCAAAGAAGGAAGUUGCUAACGCCAGCUUUAGACAAAAAAUAUUUAGCCCUGAGCCACGAAGAUGAGAAAAUUUCGCCGAACUAUUUAUUUGGGGACAGAGAAAAUCUGGAACAACGGAUGAAAGAAAUAGACGAUAGUACUAAACUGGGCAAUAAAAUGAAAGUUAAAAGUACAUGGAACAGGGAUAAGGCACAUGUACCUGAAGUUAAGGACACUUAUUCUCGGAAUGAUAAUUUUAAGUCUGACAAUGCCAAUGGAAGUUUCAAAGGGAAAAGUGGUUUUAAAAACAAUUUUUUAGCCAAAAAGGCCCAGAUUCGACGAGAGCAGAAGAAACCCUACAACAAGAAAGGAAAGGGGAAUCUGGGUCAUUAG